GGGGCGGAGCUUGGCUGCACCCACGUGUGGUGGAGUUAAAUACUCGGGAGCCCACACCCGCUGGGGCAGAGAAGCAAGAAGCAGCACCAUGGCAGGCAAGAAAGUCUGCAUUGUCGGCUCCGGCAACUGGGGCUCAGCCAUUGCCAAGAUCGUGGGUAGCAAUGCAGGCCGGCUGGCACACUUCGACCCGCGGGUGACCAUGUGGGUUUUUGAGGAAGACAUCGGGGGCAGAAAGCUAACUGAGAUCAUCAACACACAGCACGAGAAUGUUAAAUACCUGCCGGGGCACAAGCUGCCCCCCAAUGUGGUGGCUGUCCCAGACGUGGUCCAGGCUGCAACAGGUGCUGACAUCCUGGUUUUUGUGGUACCCCAUCAGUUCAUUGGCAAGAUCUGUGACCAGCUCAAGGGCCACUUGAAGGCCAAUACUAUUGGCAUAUCUCUUAUUAAGGGGAUAGACGAGGGCCCCAAUGGCCUGAAGCUCAUCUCUGAAGUGAUUGAGGAGCAUCUCGGCAUCCCCAUGAGCGUGCUGAUGGGAGCCAACAUUGCCAGCGAGGUGGCCGAUGAGAAGUUCUGUGAGACGACCAUCGGCUGCAAGGACCCGGCCCAGGGACAGCUCCUGAAGGAGCUGAUGCAGACACCCAACUUUCGUAUCACUGUGGUACAAGAGGUGGACACAGUGGAGAUCUGUGGGGCCUUGAAGAAUAUAGUGGCCGUCGGGGCUGGCUUCUGUGACGGGCUUGGCUUCGGUGACAACACCAAGGCAGCGGUGAUCCGGCUGGGGCUCAUGGAGAUGAUCGCCUUCGCCAAACUCUUCUGCAGUGGUUCUGUGUCCUCCGCCACCUUCCUGGAGAGCUGCGGGGUCGCUGACCUCAUCACGACCUGCUACGGGGGGCGGAACCGCAAGGUGGCAGAGGCCUUCGCUCGAACCGGAAAGUCCAUUGAGCAGCUGGAGAAAGAGAUGCUGAAUGGGCAGAAGCUACAGGGGCCCCAGACAGCCCGGGAGCUGCACAGCAUCCUCCAACACAAGGGCCUUGUGGACAAGUUUCCCUUGUUCACUGCGGUGUACAAAGUGUGCUACGAGGGCCAGCCAGUGGGUGAAUUCAUCCGCUGCCUGCAGAACCACCCAGAACACAUGUGAAUGGAGCCAGGGCCCAGGACAGGCAGCUCCCUUUGCCCCAACGGAGACAAGCAGGAGCGUGUGACACCCAUCAUCAGGACGGUCUCCGGGACUCCCCAUCCAGCAGAGUCCUCACCGAGGGACCCUGAGGACAGGAGGCUAUGGGGCUCCGCUACACACUUGGAGGUGCCGAACUGCUGCUGAACCCGCAGCCUGUCGCAGAAUCCAAGUUUCCUCGCCGUCCUCUGGGAAGUGUAGAACUAAGCCCCAGGUCUAGGGGUGGGGUUGGGGGAAGGGAAGGCGCCAAGUCAAGGGCUGCUGGUUGCUGCCUCACACACACCGGGAAACUGUCCCAAGUCCCAUUAAGUGACCGAAGAAGUACUUUAGCCAAAUGAGAGAUGAGGCAAAGGCUGCCAAGGGAAGGGUCUGGAUGUCUGAGCUGACACAGAUCCCAGAGACCCUUUGGCUGACCUCUGACCUCUGCCAGGCCCCACGCAACGUCAAUGAUCUCACUGUCUGCUAACAAAAUACAAAGCUCUCAAAAAACUCCCUUCUAACUUCUCCUAGCAACAUUUGCGUCCUCAGAAGCCUCUGCUUCCCCUUCCCUCCCCCCCCCCCCAGGCUACUCUGGCACAAGAGUUGCUCCACACUGGCAUCUCUGGCCCCGGGGCACUCCAUUCUUCCCAGAGACUUCCUGGUUCCUAGGGCUUUGUUUGCCAGGACCUCCCCACCCUGCGUGACCUUUCCAAGCUUUCCCUUGCCUGCACCCAGCUGCCAGCACCCUCUUUGGGGAGCAGGAACUUAAUCUGCUGACUGAGCUACACUUUUUUUUCACAGCAGGCUCAGAUGGCUCAGGCUCCCCUGACCUUCCUAUUCAUCCACCUCCCCAGACAGGAGCUCUGGUUGGGAGAAGUCUCCCCCUCCGACUGCUGACACUUUAAGAAAAAAAAAAAAAGGCAUCUCUACCCCAUAUCUUUCUUCUCAGGGUCCUCACCCACAAAGCCACUCUCUCCAGAGUUACCACCAACUUCAUGUCUAACAGAAUGUAGGAUUCAUAGCUCAUCUUCCUCAGCUCCUUCAGCCCAUACUCUUGACUCUACCCUUUCCUCUUGCCCAAGCCAGUAGUUCUCACACAGCGGGGAGCGCUACCCAGCAUCUGUAGGCUCGGAGCCAAGGAGCAGCUCAGAAGUUCAGUAGCUUUCCACAAUGGUUGGCGGGUCUUGAUAGCCCAAGGCCAGCUGUCCUUGGAACGAGGUCCUAACCAUACUCAUCAGGAGCUUGGGAACUCGAGGGAAGGACGAGGAAAACAGCCUGCCCUAGGGUGAGGGAAGAGCAGAGGGGGAUGGGAGUAUGCUUUGCACUGGCCCUGUUCCAAGGUUGGGUGGCAGCAGGAGAAUGUCACAGAUCAGCAGCCUGGAGCCCUAGCUAUAAAUAGUCCCUGGGAUCUGAGAGGUUUCUCUCUCCACCAGGGGUCUCCAUUUCGUGUGUGGCAGCAACUGGCACACCGUGGCUCUGGCCAGCUUGAUAUUAAACUAACACACUAAGGUGCCAGGUCCCUCUCUGCUCCUAGCCUUUAAGAACUUGGUCUUACCAAUGAAGGUCAGAGCUGUCGGGUAAGGUGAAGAGGGGGGAGCCUCGUCAUCGAUCCUGACUGGGCAGGAUCCCUCCCACUCACGACUCACUGCAGAGCUGUUUCCCAGGAGGUUGGAGCGGGAUGCAGACAGAUUCCAACACUUAACCUAUGUUUGCUCAGCCAGUCAACUGUGAAUCUGAGGCCUUCUGUCAGGCCACUUGUCUACCCAAUAAAGUGUGGUUUUUCCAGAAA